UGUUCAACAAUGAUGAAGGUGAUUAAAAUAAAAUAACGUGUGACUUCUCCCACAGGUUUAAGUCCUCUGAUGCCCGGGCUCAGCUUCCAUUGUGGGUUAGGCCUUAUGUGCGGCCUUAUGAUGGCUUUGGAAAUGUGGUCCGUGAUGUCUCUCAGUUCUUCAGGGUUGCAAAUAAAAUGAGGCCUGUGGUAGAGAAGAAGACUGCUACAGAGAGCUGUGGGGCAGUGUGUUUGCCAGAUAUUCAGCCCUCUGGCUUCACUUCCUGCUCACACUCCCAAAGCUCCCACACCCAGAAGGCCAAGGUGCUGGAUGCCCACCUUCCCAGCCUGAAGAGGAGGAGGCUCAAUGAACACACUGGAGCCACUGGGAUGCCCAGGAUCUUUCUUCAGUAUGAGUGUGAGGUGCAGAAGAGUCAGAGGAGACCAGCCAACCUGUUGGAGGCUCUGGAGCAAAUCGACCAUCACAGUGGAGGAAACGACGAUGGUGUGGUGGGAGAUGUGAAGCUAUGUGGAAGAAAUCUGAACAGCUGACCCCGGAGCAGAAGCUUCUGGUGAUAAAAUAAGUCAUUACCAUAAAUGUUACUGUGUAAAACACUGUUCUCUGUCCAUAAUGCUAAAGUGGAGGUCUCUGGUGGGGUUCCUC